CAAGUGAGUAGGCCAAACGGCAUAGUUUCAGGCACGAGAAAAUUCGUUGUAAAACCCUCUCUAAACCCCAAAUGCACACUUGCACGAUACAAUCGCAAACCUGAUAUCCCAAUGAUUUUGUCUUUUCAAAAACCCUAGAUCAUCAUUUAUCUCUUCUGCCGUUUUGGAAAAUGGCGUCUCGCUAUAGAUCUCUUUCAAGGUCGAGUCUUUCUCUGCUCAAAUCCGCUGUGAACAAGCCCGCCCUUAAACCCAACCCCAUACCUUCCUCACAGCUCUCGUCUCGCUCUUCUCUUACAUUUUCAAGGUCAGUUCCUCAGUUGGGUGCUCUCCAAUCUCUGCUUCCCCUGCAUUCGGCCGUCUCUUCAGCUCGGUUAACCUCGUGCCUCGGCAUCGAUUCGAGGAGCUCCCGCUCGUUGUCUCAGGGUAUGCUCUGCAGUGCGAACCCAGGAGUUUGAUAAUCUCCAAAUCUUUUUGUUUUUGUAUGUAACUAGGUCUCAGUGUACCGCGAUAACAGAUCCAAGAUGGAAGAUGGCUGACAGAUGGUAGUCAUGUCCUCUCGUCAGUAACAUCCUUUUUAUGUAUAACUGUUACCAUCUAAGAGGGGUUAGCUGCAAGAUUUUGACAUAUUUGUGUUCUUUCACAUGAUGGGUUGAAGCAUAAAUUUGAUACAAUGCUUUUAUAUUAUAACAAAUAAAACUUCUUGCCAUUUACCCUCCUGUA